GAUGAAGGAAAGAAAAAAGCACAAGAUAAUGUAAAUGAAUGGAAUAUUUACCAACACACGCAACACUUUUAAACGUGUUAACAGGUGUAGCUGCUGCUGCUGGUGUAGCAGGGUGUAUCGCUGCCACCCAGCUGUCUGUGAGCUGUGAACUGUUCACAGUUGAUUCAUUUUCAUCAUGUGUGUGCAACAACAAGGCAAAAAAUUAAUGUAAUUAGCAAGUGAACUCUUGCUGAGGUUAAAUUUGACUCAGUUUGACAUUUGAAAGCAAUAAAAACACCAUGAAUCACAUUAAGCCUGAAACUUUUCCUAAAUAAGUUUAUUUAUUGGUUUGAAAUUUGCAAAUGCGUUUGUUGUUUUAUUUUAAGUUGAAAACUACCAUUCAAGAAGUUAGGGUUGGAUUCAUAGAAAUUCAGAGAAAUAAUUCUGGCUGUUGUGUUCUCAGAUGACAUGAGAUAAUAUAUAUUAUAAUAAUACAAGAAAAACUCUCUGUCUGCUCUCUGAAACAUUAGCGAUCAAUUAAUGAGUCAUCAGAAAUCUAUCAAUUUAUGGUUCAACUUUGGGGAUAGGGUUUAAUUAUAAGGGCUCCAUCAUGGUGAUAGAGGUGGGAAUAAAAUGCAUUUGUUACAAUUACAUAUGAUGCCAGGCAGGUCCUGAAACCUCUCCCGCCCCAGAUGCACAGGACCACCCUGGCAGACUGUUUCUGUGCUCUUUACCAAGCUCUCCAGACCUGGGUCUGUUGAUCUGCCUGAUUCCUGUUGCUGACUGUUUGUCUGACUCUGCUGAGCUGUACAGUUCAUGUAUUACAUAACAAAGUUCCGUACAAAUAAAGUUAUUAAUAAUAGUCCACGUUCAUAAUGUGUUUUGGAUAACUUCACAUCUGUUCAUGAUCUGAGGAGGGAACAGGCAGGCUGCUCCUUGAUCUGAGAGCGCCACCAUUUACCGGAGCUUUAAUCGGUUUGAACCGGAGAGAGAGAGAGAGAGAGAGAGAGAGAUUCCGUGACUGGAACAGCCUGUGCUGCCGCCGACUCCGGUAUUUUCUACCUACAGGCGUCGCAUUGUCUGUCACCGCCGUGACACGCAUGGUCUGUCUGUUACAACCGGGAAUCUCUCUCUCUCUCUCUCACACACACACACACACACACACACACACACACACACUCUUUCUCUCUGUCUUUCGGUGUUCUUCUGUCGCCGUUGAUCCUCGUGGCCCCAGCUGUUUCUACUUUCACCUUUACCGGAUGGGAGGAUGAUCUGCGGACCUCAGUGAAACAGCUGGAGGAGCGAGUCGACGCUCAGGACGUGACCGGACGGAGGAGGGUCCCGCCGGUCUGAGGAGCAGUUACCAGGACAGAAGCUGGAGAAGCUCCGCAGGUCGGUUGUGAUGUCAUCGUGAUGCUGCCAGUUUCCAGGUUUAAAGGUCAGCCGGUUGGCAUGGUAACCACCACCAUGCCCUGGCUGUCUGUCAGCAGUGAACCUGCCCCCCAGUGGUUGUGGUUGGCUAGUUGGUCUGCAGCAACGUACCAGGCCACGCCCCCUCUGGUCCUCUGUCCCCCCGCUGUGUGGAUACCUGAACACGCUCACAUGAUACAGUGGGAGCGUCCAGCUGUUGAAGUCGUUCCUCUUCUCCCUCCGUUCUAUCGAUCUUCUCCUAUUCAUCACCCUCAUCGUCUACCCAAGCUAGUUGAAGGCUGGAUCUCACCAGAGGAAGUGGGCGUUUUUCAGAGAAGAGACAAACAUCUCCUUUUGACCAAUCAGAUCAUCCAGAGACCAGAAGGACACGCCCCCAGAAACCAGCACCUGCUGUUUCCGUCUCAUCUCACAGGUUGGGUUAGAAGAGGAACUACAAAAACCAGACACACCAAGACAGAGGACUCCUCCUCCUCCUCCUCCUCCUCCUCCUCCCCCACCCCGCUGCACCUCCUCUCUCUGUAUCCUCUCCGCCUGCCUCUCCUCACCACUCGUGCUCCAACAGGUGGAGCUUAUGGGGAGUGGGCAGGGCUUCAUACACAGAGAGACGAGGAAGUGUGGCCUCUCGUUCUGCCCAUUCAGCUGCGCAGAGGAGCGUUGCUACGACCAAUCAUCUCCCUGGAGAGGAGACGGUCUCCACCCACACAGCAGUGGGUAUUUGGACCUCUCUCUGCCUCUCAGCUCUGCAUUGACACGUGUCCUGUCUUACCAGUCCAGGUGAUGAAAGAAGAUCAUCCCUCCACCUUCGCCUCACAGGUGUCUUCUAGAUUCACUCUGGUGACUGACUACAGACACAAGAAGCGAGGGAUGGGUGGAGGUAAACUUUCUUAUGGAGGAGCAUUGUUGCUGAGGAAAGAGAGGACAACGGACAACAAACAGUUUGUUUGUGUUGACCAAGGAGAGGAAGAUGAAGAGGAGGAGGGAAGUGAACGAGAAAGGAAAGACAAACGUCCUGUCGCCUCCACUCCUGUUCCAGGGUCACCAUGGUGUGUGGUGUGGACGGGAGACGACCGGGUCUUCUUCUUCAACCCCACAAUCCACCUGUCUGUCUGGGAGAGACCAGGGGAUCUGAUUGGCCAAGACAUCAGCCGCAUCAUUGAAGACCCACCCCACAAGAGGAAGAAGACACUUGUUGACAGGAGCUCCAGCUGUCAGUCAUCUCGUCUCCACGGUAACAAUGAAGAUGAUGAACAUGAACACAGCUCCAAGAGGAACAGAAUAGAGGAGCCAAUGUCGCUCGUCCCUCGUCCAGGAGAAGUUCAGCUCCUCCCGCUGGAGUUACGUAUUGCUCACUUUAGAGAAAUGAUGCUGGAGCGAAGGGUGUCGGCGUUCUCAACCUGGGAGAAGGAGCUCCAUAAGAUGGUGUUUGACCCUCGUUACCUGCUGCUGACCUCAGAUCAGAGGAAACAGGUGUUUGAUCAGUUUGUGAAGAGCAGGGUGAAGGACGAGUACAAAGAGAAUAAGAGUAAACUGCAGAAAGCCAGAGAAGAGUUCAGGCAGCUGCUGGAGGAGGCCAAGAUCUCCAACAGAUCAACUUUUAAGGAGUUCUGCGCUCGUUACUGUGGUGACCAGCGCUUCAAUGCCCUCAACAGGAAAAAGGAACAGGAAGUCCUUUUCAACCAUUACAUCACAUCCUUAAACAAACGGGACAAGGAGAACAGAGCCAGACUGAAGAAGAUGAGAUGAGAACUGAACCUCUGUAGAACUCAUACAGGACCAGAUCCUGUGUUGGCUCUCAUUGGUGGAUCCUGGUUUCAGCCUCUGCUGGUUCUGUUGAGAUCAUACCGAAACCAGAGAGACUGACUGACACCAGACAUGAGACUGGGACUAGCUAUUGAACUGGAUCUGAGUGGUUCUGUCCUUGUUUGUUGUUUUAUGGGGGAGGACUAGCAGCAUCAGCUGGUCUCUGUCGUGGACUGAAGUCAUGUGGACCUGCUGAACUGGUCCAGAACUGGACGAAAUCUAAGCAAGAUAAAGGAACUGGGACACGUUGAACUGGAAUAACCUGGUCUUGAAAAAGAAUCAGAGCACAAAAAGACCUGUCUGUUCGUCUGUCCGUCCGUCUGUCUGUUCAUCUGUCUGCCUGUCUCACUUUCAGACCUGUCUCUCCUUCAGCUCUUAGUAUAGAGAUAAUUGAUUAUCAGAACUGAUUCUAGAUCUUGCGAGCUCUAAGGAGUCUAAGAAGUCUCCAGACUGUUUGUCUUCUCACUGUUUAUAUUCAUACUGUGUGUCUUCACACUGUGACUUCAGACUGUCAGUUGUGUGAUGAAGCUGAAAAACUGGUCUGGUUCAUAUGAAUCUGGUUCUUAUGUCUGACGGUUUUCAAGCAUCUGGCUCCUGAGGAUGACACCAGGGUCUACGUGCAGUCUCACCUGGGCUACAGUCCACAAACAGACUCACAGACUCACCUUUGUUGGUCAUGUUCCCAUGUCCAUAAAGGACCCAGACUACUUCUUUGUCCUCACCUAAUCAAUACUGUCCUUGUCCAGUGAUCAGUUCUUUGGUGGAAUAGAGCUCCCAUUGCUGGACCACAAGCUGAACUACUUGAAACACUUAGAAUUCAAACACAUCGUUACGGCUCAAAUAUUUAUCAAGUCUGAACAUCAGAACCAGCCUGUCCUCCCUGAACCCCUGAGUCCACCAUGACCUCCUGUCCACAACGUCGUCCUUUCCUCCCUGAACCUCUGAGUCCACCAUGACCUCCUGUCCACAACGUCCUCCUGUCCUCCCUGAACCUCUGAGUCCACCAUGACCUCCUGUCCACAACGUCCUCCUGUCCUCCCUGAACCUCUGAGUCCACCAUGACCUCCUGUCCACAACGUCCUCCUGUCCUCCCUGAACCUCUAAGUCCACCAUGACCUCCUGUCCUCCCUGAACCCCUGAGUCCACCAUGACCUCCUGUCCACAACGUCCUCCUGUCCUCCCUGAACCUCUGAGUCCACCAUGACCUCCUGUCCACAACGUCCUCCUGUCCUCCCUGAACCUCUGAGUCCACCAUGACCUCCUGUCCUCCCUGAACCCCUGAGUCCACCAUGACCUCCUGUUCACAACGUCCUCCUGUCCUCCCUGAACCUCUAAGUCCACCAUGACCUCCUGUCCUCCCUGAACCCCUGAGUCCACCAUGACCUCCUGUUCACAACAUCCUCCUGUCCUCCCUGAACCUCUGAGUCCACAACAUCUUCCUGUCCUCCAUGAACCUCUGAGUCCACAAUGUUCUCCUGUCCAACACCUGUACAAAAAAAACCAUUACACCUGCCACAGAAUAAUGCAGGCUCACCUGAGGGUCAUUAAGGUCACCCACCCCUCCGCCCCACCAUGUUUUUGUUGCCAGGAUACUACUGUAAUAAAACAACAACAGAUUUCAUGAUGUAGCAAAUGCCUCACCUGUCAGCACUUUGCUGAGCUGUGAUUGGACAGAUUUUGUCUCCUGACUUCUCAUUGGAUGACAUCUGUAUGUUGAAAUGAUUUUUGUGUUCUAAUGUUUCAUUGCCUGUUGUUCAUGAUGUGUUUCAAAUUAAACUGUCAUUCAAAGA